AUGACGGGCCGAAAACCACCAUUGCACCAGCAGGCCCUUGGGCUGGUGGGAGAUAUUUUGAAUGGUCGUCAUAUGCUCUCUCACGCCAUUGCGCCCGCGCUCUUCCUGGCGGAUGCUGUCCUGUGCGCCUUGGUCAUUCGACUGAUACCCUACACCGAAAUCGAUUGGAAAGCAUACAUGGAGCAAGUGUCUCAAUUUGUAUCCGGCGAACGCGAUUAUACCAAAAUCCGAGGAGGCACCGGCCCUCUGGUUUAUCCUGCCGCCCAUGUCUACACCUAUACAGGAUUGUAUUACCUUACCGACGAGGGGAAGAACAUCUUGCUGGCGCAAAAGCUGUUUGCAGUUCUCUAUGUCGUCACUUUGGGUGUUGUAAUGAGGUGUUACCGCAAUGCCAGGGUGCCUCCCUACGUCCUUCCCCUCCUCAUCCUCUCCAGGCGCCUGCAUAGUAUCUUUGUUCUCCGUUGUUUCAACGACUGUUUCGCCGUCCUUUUUCUGUUCCUCACCAUUCUUGCCUUCCAGAAUCACUCGUGGCGAGCUGGUGUCCUAUUCUACACAUGGGGGUUGGGCAUCAAAAUGUCCCUACUGUUGGUGCUCCCCGCGGUGGGUAUCAUCCUACUCUUAGGGACCGGACUCAACUCAGCCCUGCAAUCUGCGGCCAUCAUUGCAUUGGUACAAGUGUUAAUUGGAGUUCCAUUCCUUGCCAACAACCCGUGGGGCUACCUUGGGCGGGCCUUCGAGCUUUCUCGGCAGUUUUUCUUCAAGUGGACGGUAAACUGGCGUUUCAUGGGAGAACAAGCUUUUCUGAGCAAGGAGUUCGCCCUGGUCCUUCUCGCGCUCCAUGUUCUCGCCCUGCUUAGCUUCCUCACAAGUCGAUGGCUCAAAGGGACCGGAAGAUCGCUCUCUCAUAUUAUCACCUCAGUUCUCCAGGUUAAAUCCCCUUUCCUACCGCAGGAACAAGAAGCCAUCGCCGAAGCCAUCACGCCAGAGUACGUUAUGACAACCAUACUCUCAGCCAACGUCAUCGGUCUGCUUUUCGCUCGCUCCCUUCACUACCAGUUUUACGCAUAUCUUGCCUGGUCGACCCCUUAUCUCCUGUACAAAAGCCGCAUCCACCCCGUUCUCCAAUACAUGCUGUGGGCUGCCCAGGAAUGGGCUUGGAAUGUCUAUCCCAGCACGCCGUUCAGCUCGGGGGUCGUCAUUGGUGUGAUGGCAACAACCGUUGCGUCGGUAUGGCUGGGAACAAAGCGCUCUGUACUAUUGGUCGAUAACGCUCAGAAGACGAAGUGA